GGCAGGCUGUAGUAUCUAGGGAGGAGUAUCUGAGACAGACAUAGAUUCUGGGGGAUCUGCAAUGGGAAUUUCACUCAGGAAUGACAGUCACUUUACAACUCUCAUCUCCAGGCAGUACCAUCCAGUGCUCAUCACUCCCCUCACACAUCCACUUAAAGGCAUGAAGAGUCCAGACUCCUGCAUAAGACUUAACCCUCAGGAUGUCGAGCUCACUAAACUCCACAACGGUCUGGUAAUCGCUGCCUUGGAGAAUUACAGCCCAGUGGCCAAAGUGGGCAUCUUUCUGAAGGCCGGGAGUCGAUAUGAAGAUGCUGGAAACCUGGGCAUCACUCAUUGCCUCAGGGUGGCAUCCAACAUGUCCUCCAAGAAAGCCAGUCCAUUCAAACUGACCCGUGCGAUUGAAGCUGUUGGGGGAUCCCUACGGGUGAUUUCCACAAGGGACCUGAUGCUGUACACUGUGGGAUGUCUGCGCGACUCAAUUGACGACCUGAUGGAGUACCUCAGCGCCAUAGUCUUAGCCCCUGAGUUCCGACCCUGGGAGGUGGCCAGCAUCAGAGAUCGCCUGAAAGUAGAGAAAGAGAUAGCAUACCAUCAGCUGCAGAGAAGAAUGUUGGAGAACCUCCACGCGGCUGCCUAUCGUAACACGCUGUGCAACUCCCUCUACUGUCCUGACUUCAUGCUGGGUCAAUUCACCUGUGAACAGCUACAUAAAUAUGUGAAGAAGCAUUUCUGUGUUGGACAGAUGGCAAUAGUGGGAAUAGGGAUGACUCUCAGCCAGCUAACAAAGGCAGCUCAGCAACUGUUUGGCAAGGCGUCUGGCUAUGGUCAGGCUGGGCCUAAGGCCCUGUAUGGAGGAGGUGAGCACCGCGAAGGCACCUCUGAGCCGCUGGUGCACGCCGCCGUGGUCUGUGAGGGUGAGGCUGUGAGCUCACAGGAGUCCCUGGCGUUUACCGCGCUGCAGCAGGUGCUGGGGGUGGGACCCCACGUCAAGAGAGGAAGCGGGAUGACCAGCACCUUAACCCGGGCCAUAAGCAAGAGCACGGCGCAGCCCUUCACCGCCUCUGCCUUCAAUGUGUGCUACCAAGACUCUGGUCUGUUUGGGGUUUACACCAUCUCUCAGGAUGAGGCAGCAGCUGAUGUUAUCAAUGCCGCUGUGUCACACCUCAAACAUGUAGCUGAUGGCAAGAUAAGCGAGGAAGACAUCGAGAGAGGAAAGAAUCAGUUGAUUGCUCGCAAUCUGAUGGCAAUGGAAACACUUGACACCUUACUGGAGGAGAUGGGAUUACAGAUUCUCACAACUGGGACUUACAUCUCACCUAUAUCUGCUGUCGACCAGAUCAAAGAGAUUAGUAAAAAGGAUGUGGUAAAGGCGGCUGAGAAGUUUGCUUCAGGAACCAAGUCGAUGGCAGUCUGUGGCAGACUCGCCAGCACACCAUUCCUGGAUGAACUUUAAUCAGGGUAUCACCUUUCACAAUCACUUCAUUGUUUGAGUGUUAAUCUUUCAAAGGUUUUGAAUGGGAGGAUAUUUGACCCUUUGUUGACUUUGGACAUUGUUUGAUGUUGAGUGUUACGUGUUCAUUGCAUAACUUUUCGUUCCGAAGGAGCCUCUCGUUUUUCCUUCCUUGUUCAUUGCAAAUUAAAUGAUUGAAAAGAAGAGCGAUUCUAUUUGAUUUU